AGCCGCCGCCGCCCGCGGGGAUGUCGUCCGGCCAGCAGCCCAGGAAGCGCCUCACGAGCUCGUCCCUGCCGCCGGACCACCACAGAUCGAGACAGAAGCGGCCGAAGCUCGUCGACCAGUCUUCCCUGCUCAGCCUGAACCCCCACGUCCGCCUCUGGUGGGACGGGGCCUCCAGGCGGGUCAUCCCCGCCGAGGACCAGAUCGGGAUCCCCUGGUCCCGCCUCGCCCCUUUCGUAGACGGCCCGCCCCGCCGGCGCGCUUCCCGGCUGGCCGAUGUGCUUUCUGUUCCCAAAGAUGUCUUCUUGCUGGAGAACCUGCGGCGGGUGCUGUCCUACGAGGUCUGGGACAAGUACCUGACAGAGGCCGACAUGAAGUUCCUGGCCCAGUUCCUCCCAACUGGGACCAACACGGAGGAGACGGUGCACUCGCUGCUCACCGGGAAGAACCACCACUUCGGGAAUCCCCUGCUAAGCUGGUCAUCGGCUCUCUGCUAUGGCCAUCUGCAUCCGGACGCCUUGCUUAGCAAGGAGCGGCAGAUUAGGGCCGACAAGAAGGCGUGUGGCGAGCAGCUAAACGAGUACCAUUCAGACAUGACUGAGACCUUGACCAAGUGGAAGGACAAGUGGUUGACUUGUGAGAACCCAGAAAUCCUAUUCAGGGACAACCCUGCGAAACAGAAAAAAAGAGACCAUGGAGAAAAUGUCUUAUCUUCUAAAGCUCUUAACAACGCCAUGCCUCUCAAGGUUGUACGGAAUGGUGAUGUCACAAAGUUCAUGUCAUAUAUUAAGAUCACCAAGUCACAACACGAGCUUGUUAAGAGAAUGAAACAGUCUGGUGAUGGCAUUCAGACGAAACAGCUUAGUAGUGUUAUUGGUGACAUUGAUAACUUCCACGUGAAGCCAUAUGAGACAUUGAUGGAGGAUGAGAAGAAUAAACUGCAUGCUUAUUGGGCAAUUCUAUCACGUCAAGAACUCCCUGCUGCUGUUGAGGCCCGCCGGGAAAGGAAGUCGAUGGCUCAGAAUUUAAUGACGUCAUUGUGCCUUGAACUUGCGGUGGAAGAGGCAGAGCAGGUAGCUGACAGAACAGCUUAUCAAAACGGUGGCAUCUCAGAUGAACAGGAAGAACCGGUAGACCGCACGCCUGAGGAUGUGGCACAACCUGGGCAUAAUAGCAGUGCAGUUCCUGGAGAUGAAGAUGAUAAUGAUACAAGUGAUACAGAUACAUCCAGUGACUCUCAUGACAGUACAGAUCAAGAUGUCAAUGGUACAAGUGAUACAGGUACAUCCACUGACUCUCAUGACAGCCCAAACAGUUCAGAUCAAGAUGCCAUGGGCACAAAUAACACAAAUAUAACUACACAGAGUCAGAGUAGCGCAGAUGAACAAGAUCAAGAAUUUGAAAAAACAAGCGGCAUGAAUACAAGCGCUAAGAGUGGCAACAGCUCAGCCAGGCAAGAUGAGGAUAUGGAAGAUACCAGCUGCAAAGAUUUUAAUCCAGGCCCGGAAGAUGAUGACAUCGAAGAUACCAGCUGCAAAGAUACAUCUCUUGAAGAUCAUAACAUUCCAGAUAUGCAAGAACAGGAGACUAAGCCCAUGAACCACACAAUCUCACCUAUUGAAGGCCUUAACAGUGCAAGUAUGCUAGUUCAAGAUUGUACAAACACUGGCUAUGUAGGUUUUCCUAUUCAUAGUAAUGGUGGUUUGGAUGAGCAAACUGAUGAUUUGAAGAACAUGUGCUACCCGAGUGCCUCAGCUGGACAUGAAAAUAAAAUCGAGAUGAACCAUAUGGGUCUUGCUCAAAGAGAGACUGCGAGAACUACAGUGAUGUCCUCUGACUGUACCUUGCUUUUCUCGAAGCCUUUCAGCAAACAAAAUAAUGCUGAAGAAGGUCCUGAGCUAAAUGGACCUGCAAAGUAUCAGGAUGUUUUAUGGCAGUCAGUAAGCCCUGUGGAUUCCUUUUACCGCCCUCCAGGGAAUAAUAUGUAUGUACAGUCACGAGCCCUGCAGCUUGAACAUCAUCCCUCCACAGAGCCAGCAACUUCUAUAAUUGAUGCCAGACAGCGACAGCAAGCUCAAAUCGCUGUCACCACUGCAUUACCAAUGUGCAACCCAGCAUCUCUGCUGCCACCAUUCACAAACCAGUUAACUAGCGAGCAGCUCCUAAACAGUGUCAAUGGUAUUGGAAUGACCCCCUCUUAUUCACUUGGACACAUGAAUGGCACGAAACAAUCUGUCAACUUGCAUUCCAUGACAAACAGGCAUGUAGCACAAUCUGGUCUUGUUCAAGAGCCGAUGCAACUGCUUGAUGUGAGGCACAAUGGACUCUACUCGCAGCAAGUUGAGAAUAACAUGUAUCCUGGCCCGGUUCUCUGUACUCAAAACACCAUUCCUAUGGUGGAGCAGCAAAAAUUUGCUGGCCACGCACCUUUGGACAGAAGUGGCAGCUGGUUCCCUAAUGAGCAGCAGCCAUUGCAUAAUAAUAAUAAUAAUACUUGGUCUGGGAUGGAAUCGAAUGACAUUGUCUUGGGGCAGGAUCUGCCUAGCCAGGAUGGAAGCCUUUCGAGCGUACUGUCCCAGUACAAACAGGUAUCUUCACACGUGUCAAACUCAGAACAGUUCAUUGGAAGGAGGAAUCUAGUUCCUCCCCAUGGUUUAUCUGGGAACUUAGCUGUCCCAUCUCCAGACGGCUAUGUGUACACCCAGAAUAAUAUGGCAAGUAGCCUUCCAGUUCCAAGAAGCCAGGCAGAUGUCAGUCUGCAAUGGGCACAAGGAGGCCAUAGAAAUGGAAUGGCUUCUUUCAAGCAGUUUGGUGGAGAUCCAUGGUCAAGAUAGCACCUACCUGGUUGCAUUCUGUAUAGUAGUUUCUCCUAUUCAUUGGAGAUUGCGGAGCGUGGUGAUUUUGUUAGAUGGAGGGAGGAUUUGUUGUGUACAUAGCGAGCCAAGGUGUAGAUGAGUUACUGCGCACAGAGAAUGAACAAGUUGAGGUUUUGCAACUCCAUGUUUGUUUAGGUUAGAAUGCUUUCUUUUAUUUUACAGAAUAAGGAGAUGCUGCCCUCUGCCAGCUAAGCAGCUGACGAGUAAAAUCUCAUCAUUGUGAUCUGUAUUCAGGGUGAAUUGGAGAGUUUGACUUUCAUUUACUACAGUUUUGUCGAUGUACUCUGAUGUGAUGAAUAUGAAAUGCGAGUGUACAAGUGUUGAGCCGGUUGA